GUAGGGUGACAGCUGAACGGGUCGCAAAGGUAAAACAGCGCAGUCUGCAACAUUAACAACAAUCCUCACAAAUUCCCGCUGUAAAGCGAGGGACGGACAAAUUUCACCGUUUUUGUACCAGCGCGCGGAAGUGUGUGAGUUUAUCGCAGGACGGUAACCUUGCGGAUAUUUUUUGUUCUUUUUCAACAACAGAGAAAAAGGUCCGUGUCCGGAUGUGCCAGCAGUAUUGGGUUUUUCGCAUGGCGUAGGCACCUUUUCUAAAGCAGGAUAUUCUUGAUGUUUGGAGGGUCGGAGGAGGCCCUCGGGUCGACAGCUUAUCCCGCUAACAUUAACUACACCUCGAAAUUUCCCAGUUUGUGUGGAAAAUGAUCAACGAAAUGAUUGUGCAAUAGAGAGGAAGAAGCGUCGUAACACGUCUCGUCUACCUCAGUGUUGUGACUGUGGAGAGAGAAAAGUCACCGGGGAAAUACACCGUUGUUUCCUGCUUUUAACCCCAAACAACGACGUGUGUUUGAGCCCUGACAGGGGGGACGAAAAGAGGGGAUAUUUGUGUCCUUGUGUUGUGUGAGUGAGUGUGAACCCCCUCCGAGGACCGGGAAAACCUUCACCAUGACGGGCAGCACCCCAGCGGACAUGAUAAACCUGCGGCUUAUUUUAGUCAGCGGAAAGACAAAAGAGUUCCUGUUCUCCCCCAACGACUCGGCAGCGGACAUCGCCAAACACGUCUAUGACAACUGGCCGAUGGACUGGGAGGAAGAGCAGGUCAGCAGUCCUAACAUCCUGAGGCUGAUCUACCAGGGCCGGUUUCUACACGGCAACGUAACACUAGGAGCUCUCAAACUGCCCUUGGGGAAGACCACAGUGAUGCAUUUAGUUGCCAGAGAGACUUUGCCUGAGCCAAAUUCCCAAGGUCAGAGGAAUAGAGAGAAGACCGGGGAGAGUAACUGCUGUGUCAUUCUGUAAAUACACACCACCGCCGCCGGCCCUCCAUCCUUCUCAUCCGUUCUCGCCCUCAACAUCCUGAACCUAAUGAGCUUGUCCCCUGUCCUGGAGCCUGUCCACAAUGCGGAUAUGCAUACAGACACACACACACACACACACACACACACACACACACACACACACACACACACACACACACACACACACACACACACGCACACUUCUACCCCCCCCACACACAUAUAGAAAGACAGCAGGCUCAGGCUGAUUCAGGACGCAGAGCUGGGAGCAGGAAAUUGAUUAAUGAUAGAGUUGAUUCCUUUGUUGUACUUGAUUUGUUGUCAUAACUGAAAAUUAGUGGAAGGAACUGGAUCUGCAUGUGUUUUUGUUUUCUUAAUGCACACCUUUUUAAGCCUUCUGCCACAAACGCACACAAACACACACACACUCACACAUACACACACAACAAAAACACACAACAAAAACACACACCUUGUCUCGCCAUCCUCAGUCGGUCUGUCUAAAGUCCAUUUCUAACUCAUCUUAGAUGGUUGUCAUAGUAAUGGGGUGCCCAAGUUCGUGUGUGUGGCCUUGUUUUCUCAUACAGACUGCUGAGACUUUUAACCACUAACAACUCGCCAACAUGCCAACACACAUACGCAUGCGCACACACACACACACACACACACACACACACACACACACACACAAUGACAUCCUGUCUACACAUACAACCAUAUGUGCUUGUGUGAUCUCCCUCGGUGCAGCAGACGAAGCUUAGAUGUGCCUGAUCAGAGAACUCAAACCAGGACACACACACACACACACACACACACACACACACACACACACACACACACACUCACACACACACACCUGUGUCCUUUUUACUGCCCUUCUCUGCGUGUGCCCUUAAAGGUCACAAGAGAGAAAAUAUUCCUUUUUGUCUGCCGAGCGCUGUAGAGACAGAACACGUCCUACAUCUUUCAGUUGUCAUUUUCUUAGCCAAACAAAGCCUAACAAACAAACAAAUAGACAAACAACCAGUGUUGGUGGUGUUGCUUUGGUUAUUUGUUUGUCCAUGACAUUUGUGACUGUGUUUUGACAGUCCGUGCAUUUUACUGACCGACCAGUGUUGUGAUUAUUAAAAACGUCAUGUCAGUUUUCUUCCUUCCCUGAUGCACCAUCCUUCUCUCACAGAGGAAAGGCUCCUUUUUUUAACAGUGUUAUGAAGGAUCUCUCCCACAAAUUGCUGUCCAAGCAGGGAAAUUAACGCGGAAUAAAAAUGUUCCUUAUUUGUCUUAAUUCGCCUCUUACUCUCCUUAAUUCUCUCUCUGCAUUAAUAAGUCCAUUUUGCACAACUGAAGCAUGUGCUCCUUCAUCAGAUUAUUAAUAAAAAUGUAUAAAAAGUUCUAUUGUUUUAUUUUAUAUUUUUCCAAUGGAAGUAAUGUUCCAGACUAAGGUAACGUGUAGAAUAUAUUUAAUAUGAAUCUUAUAUAGAACAUGAUGACUCUAGAUCUUGUUGAUAUACAGUAUAUUGGUGUUUAGUCUACGAUUGUGUAUAUGGUUAGCUUCUAGCCAGUUCACAGUCACUCGCUGACAAUGUCUUGUGCUUAACAGCAGCAAAACCUCCCUAAUCAUUGACAGACUGUAUUUUUAUUUUCUUUCUUCUGUGCUCUUUUAUUAUGUUUUUUUUCAUUUGUUUAUAAUUUAAUGUAAUCCUUUUUUUCUUUGUGGUUUUUUGCUUUAAGGAAUCGCUUUGUAACAGCACUAGGUCUUAAAAAAAAUGUUGUUUAUAUUGAUCAGGGUUCAAAUCUGUACAGAGAUAAACAUUUUCAAACCAAUUGUAAAUAGCACUAAUGCUCCCUCUCCCCCUUCAAACUUCAAAAUGGAAUACAUCUGUAAACUAAAUAAAGGUUAUUGAAGUGCAAA